UCAGAAAGCAACACCUACAUCAGUCUAGAAGCUUGAAGAAGUGUUUGACAAUGGAUGCAGAUGAUGAAGAGAAUAUGAAAUAUUAAAGAUAUAUCUGCUCUGAAGAACAAUGCAGCUAGGUCCACACACCCAAGAAGCUAAUAUCUCAAAUCUCUCCCUUGAAAGUUCAGGCAGCACUGAUGUUAAAGAGAACCGCAACAUGGACAACAUUUCCUCUAAAGAUGGGAGUGUACAAGGUACCGGGGAGGGAAAUCAGCUUUCCAAUGGUGGUGGCACAGGAAGCAGGAAACGACCAUUGGAAGAGGGAAGCAAUGGCCACUCCAAAUUCCGCCCCAAGAAGAGGAAGAAAACGCCAGGGCCAGUCUUGCCAAAGAAUGCCCUCAUGCAGCUGAAUGAAAUCAAGCCUGGUUUACAAUACAAGCUCAUUUCCCAAACAGGACCUGUUCAUGCCCCUAUUUUUGUAAUGGCAGUAGAGGUUAAUGGGCAGAUGUUUGAAGGCUCUGGCCCAACAAAAAAGAAAGCAAAGCUCCAUGCAGCGGAGAAGGCUCUGAGGUCUUUUGUUCAAUUUCCUAAUGCUUCUGAAGCACACCUAGCCAUGGGAAGAACUUUGUCAAUCAAUACAGACUUUACCUCUGACCAAGCAGAUUUCCCGGACACACUCUUCAAUGGCUUUGAAAAUCCAGCCCACUCUGAUCAUUCUUUUUAUUUGGAUUCCAAUGGAGAUGGUUCCUUUAGCUCUAGCACAGAUUACAGCCUGUCCUGUACUCUGGCUAGUAACCUUAUCCAGUCCUCUCUCCCAACUCCUUCACCGUAUCCAUCAACAAGUGGGAAGAAUCCAGUUAUGAUACUGAAUGAGCUCAGACCAGGGUUAAAGUAUGAGUUUCUUUCAGAGAGUGGAGAAAGCCAUGCUAAAAAUUUUGUGAUGGCUGUGUCAGUGGAUGGUCACACAUUUCAAGGAUCUGGAAGAAACAAAAAACUUGCAAAGGCUCGGGCAGCUCAGUCAGCUCUUGCAUCCUUGUUUAAUAUGCAUCUGGAUCAGACUCCUUCUCACCAACCUAUUCCUAGUGAGGGGCUUCAGUUACACUUGCCACAGGUUUUAGCUGAUGCUGUUGCGCGCUUGGUGGUGGAUAAAUUCAGCAAUUUGACAGAUAACUUUACAUCACCUCAUGCACGCAGAAAAGUACUGGCUGGUGUUGUCAUGACAACAGGUACUGAUGUGAAAGACGCUCAAGUUAUAAGUGUUUCUACAGGAACAAAGUGUAUUAAUGGAGAAUAUAUGAGUGAUCGUGGUCUUGCACUAAAUGACUGCCAUGCAGAAAUUAUAGCACGGAGAUGUCUCCUUAAAUUUCUCUAUGCACAACUUGAACUCCUCUUAAGUAAUAAGGAAGAUCAACAGAAAUCUAUUUUUAUCAAGUCAGAACAAAGUGGCUUUAAAUUGAAAGAAAAUGUGCAGUUUCAUCUCUAUAUCAGUACUUCUCCUUGUGGUGAUGCUCGGAUCUUUUCGCCGCAUGAAGCAGCACAAGAAGAUCAGGGAGAUAGGCAUCCAAACAGGAAAGCAAGAGGGCAACUCCGAACAAAAAUUGAAUCUGGAGAAGGAACAAUUCCCGUCCGAUCUACAGCUACCAUCCAGACAUGGGAUGGGGUUCUUCAAGGGGAGAGAUUGCUCACUAUGUCAUGCAGUGAUAAGAUUGCUCGAUGGAAUGUGCUUGGUAUUCAAGGAGCGUUGCUUAGUCUCUUUGUGGAGCCAAUUUACUUCUCCAGCAUAAUCUUGGGAAGCUUAUACCAUGGCGAUCACCUAUCCAGGGCAGUAUACCAGCGAAUAGCAGAGAUAGACAAUCUACCCAUUCUCUACAUGCUUAAUAAACCUUUACUUAGUGGUAUUAGCAACACUGAAGCCCGCCAACCAGGAAAAGCACCUAAUUUCAGUGUAAACUGGACAGUAGGAGAUGCUGGCCUUGAAGUUAUUAAUGCUACAACAGGGAAGGAUGAGAUGGGCCGUGCAUCCCGUCUUUGUAAACAUGCUCUAUAUAGUCGUUGGAUGCGCAUUUAUACACAGCUUUCCUCCAGUCUUCGUUCAAAAGUCAAUAAACCAAACCUUUAUCAUGAAACUAAACAGGUAGCUACAGAAUACCAAACUGCCAAAGAGUGUUUGUUCAAAGCAUUUCUGAAGGCUGGGCUCGGAGCCUGGGUAGAGAAGCCCAUAGAACAGGAUCAAUUUUCCCUAACCAUUUGAUCUGUGGAUUGCAUUUUACUCAGAAGAGGGAUUUGGUCUGAAACUCCAGUGUCAAGCAUCAAGAUUUCAUCUACAUGCAGUUGAUGAGGGGACUUUUGGCCAAUUUUAUUUGUUUUGUUGAAGUAGUAAAGCUGACAAAAACUGAUUAUGCAGUAUUUAAAAGUUAGUUUGGAAUUUUAAAAAAAAUAUUUCAAGAACUUAUAUCUGCAGGGAAAAAUGACAAUGCAACUCUCAAAGUGAUUCUUCUGGAGAAUUCAGAAAUUAUUUUAAUACAUUAUUACCAGGUGCAUGAUUAAUGUAAAUCACAUAGCAUUUUACACUACACUAUGUGAUUCGGUUUUGUGUUUUUUUUAGUCUUACGAGACAUCUGAUUUAUGUGCUACUUUUAGAUUUUUUUAUUUAAUUAAACUCAUAGGAAAGAUGCACAAUAGAAAGUAAGAGUGGAGUUUGGAGAGCUAGUUUUCUUUGCUUCCUUGCUCUUUAAACAAAUAGCUGCUGAAACCUUUGUGUCUUUAAUGUAUGUAUUUAUUAGUCUGUGAUCCAGUUUUUAAUAUGCAAUUUUUUAUUUCAUUUCAUUUUCACUUCCCAGUUACAUACAUUGUGAAGUUAUUGGGGUUUUUUAACCAUUAUAAACUUGGAACAAAAAUAUUGAUAAGUUAAUACAUUUAGACUUCAGUGCUUUAAAAUUGUCUUAUGGCUUGUGUUUCACAAGAACUCACUGGAGUACAACAGAUACAUUCUAGAGAAGUGACGACUGAAAGUAAUUUGUGAAGAUGUUUGCUGACCUGCUAAAAACCCAACCCACACACAAACAGCAUAGCUGGUAAAAGAAUUAAACGGUUAUUUUAGAGACAAAGACAUUUUAAAUGAUAUGCUCUUUAGAAUCUUAAUAUAUAUUUAGCCAAAACAUUGUGUAUGUUUGAAGUUAUAAAGCCUGUGAUUGUACACACAUGAAUUUAAACUUGUCUACCCAGAUUAUUUAAAAAUUUGUUUGAUCUAAGUAUAAUAGGAAUAAAUAUUGAAUUCAUUAUAUUUAUACAAUAUUUGAUCCAUAAGCGUAUUUACACAGGUCUGAUUUCUGAAGAACAGCAGUUGGCUGAGGGAGUUAGUAUGUAUAAUGAGCAUAAGGCUUUAGGUUCUUCACAGGAUUCUCUGGUGGUAACAUUCAUGGCACUUGCAGCACAUCACUGUCUGUGAUACAUAGACAAUUGGCUGUAGAACAUUUCCUGUGUGCAGUGUUUCUGUGUUGUAGUGCAGAAGCUAGCUAAUCUACAAAGCCAGUAGUCACAUACGGCUCCCCUGCCCACUGUUAGUGCUUCAGAAAAUAUACCCUGCACUUAUCUGUGUCUUGUAAGGACAAUGGCACAGACUCAGAUUUGAAGAGGAGGGCUUAAUAUCUCAGCUUUUAUAUACAGCCCCAUUACAGGAAGCUAGAUAUAAGCAUGAAAUACUACUAGUGUGUCAGUAAUUAAGACAUGUAGUUGUAGAUGUAAAUGUAAAAAAAUCAUAAAAGUCAUAAUAGAAAUUUUGGCCUGAACUUGUAAAUUCCAUUCUAAUAAAGUACAUCCUGUAGGUUUAGCAAAUUAAAUAAUUCUGCUCAUAUGCAUAAAGCUAAAUAAUGCCUACAUGUUUUGCUAAACCAGUGGCAGGAUGUAAUGCUGUAAUACUAGGUGUAUAUCACAUAUAUAUUGCCCUCUACUUGAUGUGAUGUUCAUAUUGAAAGUAUCACAUCAGCUAAAAGUAUUUUAAAUAUUUGUGUGACUCUGUGUAGUAGAUAGAAAUGAAAGCUAGCUCCUCACUUUUGAAUAUUGUUUGGGUUCUCCUGCUUACAUAAGUGUUGUGCUGAUAGAUACAAAAAUGAUACAAGGCUAUAUGCAUGUCCAGGAAAGCCCUGCUGUAAUUGGUCUACAACUUUUUGUUGAAAACAGAAGUAUUUCACAUUUUAAAAAGCUAUGCCUAAAAGGCAAUAUAGCAAUAAGUUAAUACAGACGUCGAUAGAAUAAACCAGAAUUUUAUUAUGUGAAAGCAAAUAAUGUAUAUGGCAUCCUUCAUUUUCAGUGGACAAAUCUUUGUAGUAUUGUGACUUAAAUCACUUAUGAAACAAAAAUAAACCCACAUAUAUAUAAUCAACAACAUACAGUCCCUCUGAAGCAUUUUCUAGUUAAGAGAAUAAAGGCCAAAUUGUAGACAAUUGGGAACCAAAUACUCUAGUACUUGAGCAGGACCUGCACAUAGAUUUCUCUGUUUCAUGACACAGAGUGGGUCUAGUGAUGGGGCGAGUUGCAAGCGCUUAGGGUGGACCUAUGAAUCUGAUGUUUGAUAGGUCCUGGGAACAAGCCCAGUACAAAAUCUGAUACAGUGUACAUCUGUGGUGUAUAAAAAACUGAAAUACAGCUACAUAUGCACUAACAGAAUCACUUUAUUCUUUACUUUCUUAAUAACUGACUCAAAAACAAAACAAAAUUGCCAUGCCAUUGGGUUUUCCCCCCCAAUUAAUUAGUAACGAUAACUCUCAACUUUCUGAUUGUCCUCAUGGUUGUGAUUUUAAUGGUCACUGAAGUGUAAAAUUUCCACAAUAUAUUGUAAAUUUUCUGAAAUUUAUUGCUUGAGAGAGGGGGACCAUGUUAAUAUGUUUUAAUGUAAUAACAUAGCCUGUUGAGAACAUAAUGCUGAAACACAUCAGCAGAAACUGGUUGCGAGCUCAGAUACACCUCUUCUCCUAUGUACGUUGGUGAGGAAGAAAUUAGAAGUAUCUGCUGCUCUUCUAAUUUAACCAGCAUUUUCAAAAUGUGAUUUAUAAUUCUGGUUUGUAAAAAUAAUAGUUUAAACUACCUAGGAUUCCCUGCUUUGGACACAGCAAUAUAUACUAGUUAUUUUACAAAAAGGGAAAAUAAGUUUCCCAAAAUCUUCCUAAUGGAGAGGAGAAAGGGUACCAUGAAUGCCCAAAGCUCAUCAAUAUUACACUCAGCAAUUAUUUCAAUUUAUAUUUCAGAAUAGCUUCUUUUUGUAAGUGUUCAGUAUUUGUUUUGCCUUUGUUUUCUCCUUCCCAUCCCACUUCUGUGCCACACAGCUUUGCACUGUCAUAUACAUUGCAAUAGUAACAUAAUACAGUUGCAUUAUGACUGAUGUCAUGGUCACAUAACUAUUAGUACCCAGUCCACAUAAAUCAAAGCAUGACAGGGUAGGAUCGUGUUUUUACAAAAAUCAAAAUAGCAACAAUUAGAUCUUUAAUAUAUUGUUUCAGUGUUUUAUAGUAAAUAUUUAAGAUGUUGAUUUAGGCUGUUCAGUACUCUGCUUAUUUUGAGUCUGCUUUAUUUUACCAUGACAUCAGGCAUUUCUAGCUAAGCAACGCAUGUGACAGAAUUAUAUUACAGUUUACUUUCUAUGAAUACACUGUAAGCAAAGUUAUUAUUAAUUUGUAGUCAGGUUCCUUGACUUGGACGACUUUGAAGACUCAGCUAACAAGCCUCUAAAGAAAAGCAUUAAGUGGGUGGUAUUUAAUGAAAACAAAUCCUUUUAAUUGAAAAACCCUGCAUAAAUUGGUCAAAUGACUCCAAUCACCAUUCCAACUAUGUAUAUCCAUUUCUCUGUGAUAGGCAGGACAAGUCUCUGUGCCAAAAGAUGUUUGCUUAUCACAGACAUGACUAGACCAUUGUUCCUUCUCUGUCCCAAAUAACCAUUUUCCUGACAGAAUAAAGAUUAGAAAUACCUUGUGAAUGGUGCUGCCCCAAAAGUGUGGUUGAGGUUUGCAACUAAAUGACGUCUGUGGUUUGUUAGAAUAUGAGAAUAAAAAUCUAGCUGUCUCUUAAUUUUUUAAACUCUGUUUACAUCUUCACUGUUCAGGCACAAUUUAUCAACUGUGAAACAUCUCACAGUAGUUUUAGAGCUGAGAAAUAUAUGUUGUUAGAACCCAGAUAUUUCAGUGAGGCAACUCCACAAAUAAAAUGGACAAAACUA